AUAACAUUAUUAUAUGGAAAAAAUCCGAACGAUUGCAGUACUGUAUCUGUGUAGCCACUGGCAAUAAGGAAGCAAAACAAAAAAAGUGUAUUUUUAAUCGGACGUUUGUGUUGUCAAUAUAAAUGCAUCGAUAAAGGUGCACUCAUUCCAUAUUUGCUUGGCAUCUGCGACCAUGGCUUGCACUCGGGUCACUUUUCAAGUGAGGGGAACAACAUCUCCAGGUGAAUUUUUAGCAGUUUGUGGCAACUGUGCAGAUCUUGGAAGCUGGUUUCCACAUAAAGCUGUGCUCCUAGAGCAAGAUGCAGAUGAUUGCACACUGUGGAAAAAAACAGUCACUGUUCCAAGAGGGGAACCUUCAACCUAUCGUUAUUUUAAAGGCUUUUUUCUGAAGUCUAAGAAUGCAGGUGGUCCAUGUCCAGUCAUAGUCAAUAAGUGGGAGACCCAUCAACAUCCACGAGCAUUGAAUCCUUCAGAACCAGAGCUGUUUGUUGAUGAUGGCGAGUUUGGUUUUUGUAAUGACAUUGAGUGUGUAGAUUCAGGAUGGUUAACAUUUCAGACUGAAGUUCGCCUGCGACUUCAUUACUCUGCAAAGCCUCCGGUAUCAAUUUCAAAAAAGAAGUUUAAGAAAUCCAGGUUUAGGGUGAAGCUGACAUUGGAAGGUUGUGAAGAAGAAGACGACGAUGAUGAUGACAAUAAUACAGAGAAACUUUCUCCUUCCUUCUGGCAUAAAAUGACAACCACUCUGGGAAUCUCUUUAAUCAGCAAUGAUGAGUAUAAGUCCCGACACUCCCAGCCGGAUUUUGGUUAUGCUUUAGAACCCAACCUUUGGACUGAGUACAGCAUCCAUACCAUGGAUCCAGAUAACUUGGAAUUGACAUUUGAGUUUUUUGAGGAAGAUUUGAGUGAGGCAGUAGUUCAGGGAGAUGCAAUGCCGGGCCAUGUGGGAACUGCUUGCUUGUUAUCUUCGACUUUUGUAGACACUGGUAAAAACACUGGAUUUGUCACACUUCCCAUCAUGGGCAGGAACUCCAGACAGACAAUUGGAAAAGUGAGAGUUGACUACAUUGUAAUAAGACCAAUUGAAGGCCAUAUAUGCGAUAUGAGUACUUCAUUUACCAAGUACUGGAAAAAACGAACUGCUUUGGAUGUGGGUCAUAGGGGAGCAGGAAGCUCCUCACAUAUGGAGAGAUAUGCUAAAGUCAGGGAGAAUACAAUUGCUUCCUUCAAAAGUGCCGCAAAUCAUGGUGCUGCUUUUGUGGAGUUUGAUGUGCACCUUUCCAAAGACAGUGUUCCAAUUGUGUACCAUGACCUUACCUGUUGCAUAUCCAUGAAAAAGAAACAUAACAACGAUUCUUUAGAAUUAUUUGAAAUCCCUGUGAAGGAUCUUACAUUUGACCAGCUCCAGUUAUUAAAGUUGGCUCAUGCGACUGCAGUGAAUGGGAGUGAUCCUGCAGAUGAGGAAGAGUAUAUUGCAGAGCACCAGCCUUUUCCUUCACUUCUACAAAUCUUGCAAGCUGUGCCAGAACAUGUGGGUUUCAACAUUGAAAUUAAAUGGCUCUGUCAACUAAAAGAUGGUACCUGGGAACGAAACCUGUCAACCUACUUUGACAUGAACCUGUUUCUUGACAUCAUCCUCAAGUGUGUGCUUCAAAAUGCAGCAAAGAGAAGAAUUGUGUUUUCCUCAUUCGAUGCAGAUAUUUGCUCAAUGGUUCGUCAAAAGCAGAAUAAAUACCCUAUCCUAUUCCUGACCCAAGGCUUCUCUAAAGUCUACCCAGAACUAGUAGAUCUCAGGUCUCGAACCACCUCAAUUGCAAUGAGUUUUGCACAGAGUGAAGACAUUUUGGGAAUAAAUGUGCACACAGAGGAUUUGCUGAGAAACCUUGACUAUAUAAAGGAGGUCAAAUCAAAAGGUUUAGUCCUUUUCUGCUGGGGCGAUGAUAACAAUGACCAUGAAAACAGGAGAAAGCUCAAAGAAUAUGGAGUCGAUGGAUUGGUAUAUGACAGAAGUGAAUUUUUUGGUGCCAAAUUUCAUUGACUCAAACUCUUCAGAUAAGCAGCAAUAUUUUCCAGGUUCCGGGAAUGUUCCACUGUAUGAUUUGCCUGAUUUGCCAUGUUUACGUUUUGUACACGUCCUACAAAACUGUCCUGGACAUGAUGUGGAGAUUGACUAGUCAUUAAACUAAGGAUUAAACAACAGUAUUCACUUUUAUCUUGUCAGAACAUUUGUUUGUGAUAGAUUGUAUUUCUGGAAAUGGACAAGAAGUGUUUAAGUCAAGGGUCAGACUGAUUGAAGAGACCUCAUGAAUACAUAAAAAAAUAAAUAAAUAAAUAAAUUCUGAAACCAUGUGACUAGUCAACUUCGCCAUCAUAUCAGUAAAUAUAUUUAGUCUACUAAAAUGGUUGUAUAUCCAUAAAGUAUUAAAUAACUUUAAAUACUGAAUAUAUAGAGAAAUAAACAGAAACGUUCAUGUGACCCUGAUAAAAAAAAAAUAAAAAAAUUACUUUUGUUUUUUUGUAUGUCUGAGUUGUUCAGAACCAGAAAAGAAAAUAAACAGCAGUUUUAUGGUUAGUCUUGUUUAACUGCUGAUUGAAGUUUGGCUGGGAUAGUUGCAUAUAUAAACAGUAAAACAAAAGCAUGGCCACAACAAUAAUCUUAUAAAUGAAGGGCAAAGAAGACAUUUUAAAGUAAUAGUUCCAAAACUAACCCCAUAUAUUUGUUCCUGAACAUGAAUUAUAGUCUGAACAACUAUGUAUAAAUAUAACGUAUACAUGUUGGCUCACUGGUUUUAUGCUGAGCAUGUUUACUUGAUUCAUGUUUUGCAUUUUCUGAAAAAGUAUUUUUGAAUAUAUUCACAAGGGUAUUUCACGCAUUUCAUUUCUUGCAUUGCCAGGAUCUGCGAUGCUCAGCCUGAGCAGCCUAACAUCUUCAAAGUGGAAGAGCUAGAAGGUCUUAAGAAUAGCAUACCAGCAGAAACCCUGAAAAGC